GUACUUUGAUGUGGAGAAACACAAAAAAGCAAAGAUGGUCCUUCUAAUGGGCUUGUGGUUCACUGUUGUGAUUUUUCUCCUCGGCAUUCCCAGAGAUCACUGUACCCAGAUCAUUGGCGGAAAAGAAUCAGUUCCACAUUCAAGACCUUUUAUGGCCAAGAUCAAAGGCUCAAAACUUUGUGGGGGAAGCCUGAUCAAACCAAACUGGGUAUUAACAGCUGCUCACUGCCACAUAACAAAAUACACUAAAGUUAUUCUUGGAAUUCAUUCAGAAAAAGACACAACAAAACAAGUUUUCAAAGUUAAUAAGUCCCAUCGUCACCCGUGCUAUGAUAGAGGCACAAAGGAGAAUGACAUUAUGCUUCUUCAGCUUAAUAAAGAAGCAAAGCUUAGCAAGAAUGUCGCCAUCAUCAAGUUUCCUCAGGUGUAUCAUGACCUCGAGGCAGGAACACAGUGUUUGGUAGCUGGUUUGGGGGCUACUGAUAAUAAAAAUAAAAUAGCAUCAGAUGUCCUCCGUGAAGUUAAUGUCACUGUCAUUGCAAGAAGCAUCUGCAAUGAUCAAAAGCACUAUAAUUCCCAGCUCCUAGUGACAAACAAUAUGGUCUGUGCUGGUGACAAGAGAGGAGACAAGGAUUCAUGUUCUGGUGAUUCUGGUGGUCCUUUGAUAUGCAAUGGGGAACAAAGAGGCAUCGUUUCCACUGGUAUAGAAUGUGGAAAGCCUGAGUAUCCUGGUGUCUACACCCUUCUGACAGAUAGAUAUUCUCAUUGGAUAAAGAGUGUUAUACAAGUGUGUUCAAUGUAUAUUGACUAUCUUGUUGUUGGUGAACUCAAAGUAGCACCUAUGGAACUUUUGUUUGUUUUGUGCUUUUCUAUUACCAUUUUCUUCCUCAAAAACCAGAGGGGUCAAUCUGCAGAUGUAUCUGAAGAGGAAGAACAUUCAGUACCAUACGUGGUUGGUCUCAUCAAACACAAACAUUUAUUAUGUGCAGGAACAUUGAUCAAACAGAAUUGGGUGUUAACAGCAGCCCAUUGCUUUCCGAAUGAAGAAACAUAUAUUGGUGUUGGAAGACAAGCCAUAAUUAAAGAUGAAGGAAAAGAUUUUAUAAACAUUACUAAAAUCUUUUUUUACCCAGGAUUUGAUCCAAAAACAUUUGAAAAUGAUAUCAUGCUUUUGAAGCUUCAUGUUAUGGCAACGAAGAUUAAAAUAAACAUCCUCCCAAUUCCUAACUCUACCCAUGAUAUCAAAGCAGGAACUUCCUGCAUAGUAAAAGGAUGGGGAACUACUAGUAAAAGGAGGAGAUUUAAGAAAUUCCGUGCAAUUAACGUCACCAUCGUUGACAGAAAUAUCUGCAAUGACAAGAAACAUUAUAAUUCUCAUCCUUUUGUGACAAUGAAGAUGGUGUGUGCUGGAGAGAAGAACAGCGGGAAGGAUUUAUGUGUGGGUGAUGGCGGUGGGCCUUUGAUAUGCAGCGGGCAGCAAAGAGGCAUUGUCUCCUUUGUUAAAAAAUGUGACCAUCCAGAAUAUCCUGGCAUCUAUACUCAGCUCACUGACACCUAUAUCUCCUGGAUAAAGACCAUCACAGAUGAAAAUUCACAUUGACUGAAUAAUAUUUGAGGAAGCUUUUUUGUUAGCUUGUGACUGCUUAAUUAUCCAUUUUCCCACCUCGGUCCCUGCAUUACAGCUUCCCUUUUACAUACGGAGAAGAGAACGAUGGUAACUCAUUCAGUAGUAGCUAUACCAGCUACAGACUCUAUACUGUAAAUGUUUGAGGUUGGUCCUGAAACUCAGCCUCUCCAGGCCAGCUUUAAUUUUCAGUCCAUUGGUACUAAAGUAGGUUUUUAUUCUCUGGCAAAAAAAGAGUAUUUUUUACAAAAUACUUGUGACAAAGAGUAUUUCAUACUCUUUGAGUAUGAAAUAGAAAUUUCUGCUUAGAAAGUUUAUUGGCCUCCAGCGUUUGAGUUACCUGCUCACUGAAAAAUCUACCCUGCAAAAAGAAAAUAAUGAAUGCUAAGAUAGUUUUCCCACUACUGGCAGCAAAUUUGUUGAUACCAAUAAAUUGUCUCUUAAGCGUCA